GUCAGCACUUCUCUGUCUUUCUCAAUCGCUGGAUGGAGCUGUCUUUUUGUGCUAGUGCUGAGCGGCGCCCACGCGCAGGAACCCGUCACCACCAUCAUAAACCUCUAUAUGUUUAGCCUGAUUUUUGCUUUCAUCCUCUCAAACGUUACUGAGGAUCGAAAAAUACUGAGUGAAUUUAAUGUGGACGAUUUGGGAAAGGAUGAGAACCGUGACUGAGAACUAACUGUGGGAUAGUCUACGGUGAUCUACUGCGUAAAUAUGUUACUCAAAACAUUGCAUCACUGUCGACUAGUAUUGUAUGUUUUCCUGUUAUUUGGGGUGACUCAAGCUUUAACACGGUCCUCGCAAUUGGGCCUGUCAGAUUUAAAAUCCAAAAUAUCAGGAGUAGAGGAGUUGCUGGAAGAAUUUCGCAAACAGCUGCAACAGGAUCAAGCUUAUUCGAGGGACUAUGACGCAGGGGAUGUGUGCCUUAGUGAUUUCACCGAGAUGGAGGAGCACAUCAUCCGGGCGAGGGACUCCAUUGAACAAGGCGCCACCUUCCUCUCUGCGCCGAGCCGAGUGUACAGCUGGAAGGACUGCCUCCACGCCUGCUGCUUGGAGCCGCACUGCACCGUGGCGGUGAUGCAGGAGGACCUCAAGCAGUCAGAAGAAAGCCUCGGUUGCUAUUUGUUCAACUGCACGUACAGGAAUAAAAACGUGUGUACAUUCUCAAUGCAGCAGGGGUUUAGCACGUAUAGCCGGGUUCAUAAUGUGACAGCGCAUCGGCCCGCAGCUGCCCCCAGCAAUAGUGAUAAGAGCAAGCAGCUGAGUCCACGAAGGAGGCCUCUGGACGACCAGGCAGAAGAUGAAACAUCCGAACUAGACAUGGACGAGCCACCUCGCACUGAUGCCGGCAAGGAUGUGAUGGUCCAAUUACCCACUGACUGGGCUGUACUGGACGGGAGGGACAGUGUGGAUGACCAUGGGGUCGCCCACUAUGAAUGGGCACUGGUCAAGGGGAACCCCUCUGUAACAAUGAAGGUGACCCAUCCAGGUCUGCUGAAGAUCACUGACCUGCAGGUGGGAGUGUAUGUGUUCCAGCUGACCGUCACAGACACGGCGGGGCAGAGGAGCUCGGACAACGUCUCCGUCAGUGUGCUGGCUCCUGAGCGUCAUUCUGAAGCGUGCAUCGGCUCGUGCUCCCACUACCAGUUCAUGUGCGAUGACGGCUGCUGCAUCGACAUCAGCUACGCGUGUGAUGGGAAACAGCAAUGUCCAGACCGCUCGGACGAAGACUUCUGCCAUAGCUUUGAUGGAGGCAGGAAGACUGUCAAUCAUGCUGCUACGCCUCAGCAAGCUCAGCCAGCCGAUCAGUCCAUGAUACCAACCAGACCCAAGGCAACCAUGGAGGAGGCUAGACCAUCAGUGGGUCAGAUUCCCACCAGAAGCAAGCCACCUCCUCCGGCCGCCCCUGAAAGCCACAAUCCACAGAAUGAACUUAUACCAGAGCAAUGUACAUCGCCCCCUGUGGUUGGACCAUGCAAGGGCAUUUUCCCUCGUUGGUACUAUGACCCAAAUGCAGGGGAGUGCAAGCACUUUAUCUAUGGUGGCUGCAAAGGCAACCACAACAACUUUCUGCAAGAUUCAGAUUGCAUCAAUGAAUGUAUACAAAGACCUGCUCCAGCUAAACCAGAGACCACGACAGCUCCUGCUCCUAAUCCACAUACAGAGAUGGCUGUGUUUUCCAAAGUGGCUGUGUCUGAACUCCAACCGGAGAGUCUUCCUGUCUCAAAAUCUCACAGAGUUUUAGGAGGACACCCACCACCAGAGUCAGGGGCCAUUUUGCCACUGGUCCUGGGCAUCCUCAUCAGUGCCCUGCUGCUGCUCAUGGUGGGCUGUCGGCUGCGUCUUGUGCGACACAAGCUGAAGAAGGCUCGGCCACUGACCACCGAGGAGUCGGAUUACCUCAUCAAUGGCAUGUACUUGUAGGAGCCCCAGCAGGACAAACAUCCAAACCAUGAGAAGAGAGGAGAGAGAGAGAUGCAGUCUUUCUCUGAUCAAUCUAUUUUGUCCAUCUUCCUCCUGCCUCCCAAAUUGAAGUUGGGUUCACACCCUGGCCGCUUCCCGUUCGUUUUUUGUCCUUUCUUCAAUUUUAAGGGUAAAACUCAACCUUCUCUGCACAGAGAUUUAUCCUUAAACCUUAAAAAAAAAUGUGCUGUUGAGCUUUUGUUGUCUCAUUUGUAAUGGCUUUUGUGUACCUGUUGUUUAUCAUUUGCUUUUUUGAAAAAAAUAUAUAUUUCUCUUCACAUUUUCAAAACGUUUUUGCUGAUUGUGGAUGGACAUCUCCUAUUUGUGCCAUAAAAUGAGUUAUUUUUCAGGACAUACCUCCAUUAUGCAACUACAUGUGACUUUGUUUAUAUUUUCACAAAUGAAAGACCACGACUUAAUGCAAGUCUGUAUCAGUAAUGACCUGUCUGGUCCAUGUCUGUGUACUUCAGACAUGGCUGGUGUUUCUAGUAGUUACCUCAGAACACAAUGAUGAUUAUCAUGAUUGAUAUUGAUUGAUUAUCAUGACUUCAGGAGAUGCUCUUAGCUUUGUGUGAUUUCUAUCUCGUUAGAAUACCGCUUUGGCUGUUCUACAUCAAUUAGUUCAAUGUAAACAUCUUUUAACACUAGACAUAAGAAAAUAUGUAUACAUGUCUAUGUGUCUUAUACAUAUAUUAUACAUAUCUAAAUUGUAUAUGUGGGUCUGAGAUUUUGAGGAAUAAACUUAUCCCAUACGUGACAGGACACAAAAUGUGA